AAGUAAUCUUUCUUUCUUUUUUUUUUUUCUUUUUUUGCUAGCAAUUGACUUUAUGCACACUAUGACACUACCCGUGCCUUAUUAUUCUUUGUAUUUUAACAAAAAGGCAAAAAGUCUCGCAGUCGCAGAGGCGUACACGAAUCAGAGCAAGGAAAGCAAACAGAGGACUUUUACGCAGUACAUGGCAACAGCAGCCCCAACACCAGCGGCAAUGGCCACCGCCAGUCAGACACCACCGUUCGAUCAUCUCAAAGCGAUCAAAGCCUUCGAAGAUACCAAGAUGGGAGUCAAAGGACUCGUCGACUCCGGUAUCACCUCUAUCCCUCCCUUCUUCAUUUUCCCACCCCAAACCCUUUCGGACUUGAAACCGAAUCCCUCCGCCCGACCUGACGUCAAUGGUAUCCCUACCGUCGAUCUAUCCGAGAAAAGGCCUUCUGUUGUCUCGCAAAUCGCGCGUGCUUGUCGCGAACUGGGUUUCAUCCAGAUUGUCAAUCAUGGAAUUCCUUUGGAGGUUAUGGACCAAACAAUCGAAGCUGUUAAGGGAUUUCAUGAGCAGCCGCCGGAGAUGAAGGCCCCGCUGUACGGCCGGAGUCCGGGAACGGGCGUAAAUUUCUUUUCUAAUGUCGAUUUGUUUCAAUCUAAAGCAGCAAGUUGGAGGGAUACUUUGCAGGUUAGGCUAGGUCCAGAUCCAGCACCUGCGGUGUCACAUCUCCCGGAGAUAUGUAGGAAUGAGAUUGUGGAAUGGAACUUAGCAGUCAAAAAACUUGGAGAGCACUUGAUGGAGCUGUUAUGUGAGGGGUUAGGAUUGGAUAAAGGAAGGUUGAAAGAGAUGAUGUUCUUAGAAUCACGAGUCAUGGUCGGACACUACUAUCCGCACUGUCCUCAACCAGAUUUGACUCUCGGGAUCACGUCUCAUACAGACCCGGGAGUAUUGACAAUCCUUAUGCAGAGCCAAAUUGGUGGGUUGCAAAUCAAGCACGGCGACGACUGGGUGGAUGUCAAGCCCGUCCCAGGAGCACUUGUGAUUAACAUCGGAGACAUACUUCAGAUUCUUUCAAACGAUGAAUAUAAGAGUGUAGAGCAUAGAGUGUUGGCUAAUCCUUGCCGUGAACCACGAACUUCAGUUGGAGUUUUUUUCAACAGUAUCAAUAGAGAUGGCUUGUUUGGACCAUUCCCUGAGCUGACGUCGCCGGAGAAGCCUGCCGUUUAUCGACAAUUUGUAUAUAUGGAUUACUUGCAAAGGUUCUUCACAAAAGAGUUGGAUGGCAGAUCUUUGAAAGAUUUUUAUAGGCUGAAAGACACAGAGUUGGUGUAAUGGACAGUAGUAGUAUGUAUCAUGUAAUCUUACGUUCAGACUAUAAAACUGCCUUAUGUUUAUCUAAAUCUAAGCCGAUGGCUCUACAUCGAGCGACAUUUUCU